UCUGCCAGCCGCCUUAGUCCCAGUCCCCACAUCAAGCAUCCCGCACGACUAUUUCGUCUGUUCCGGAGGACCUUCAUUCCUGAUCUCGACACUCACCCAUCAACACCAGCCCACAAGACGACCUGACGAAUAUACCGCUCCCCGCCAUCUCCUCGUGCAUCGCGAGGCCCCCACAGCGAAGCGAUGACGAAGGAGAAGCUCGAUUCCCAUAGGAUCAACUAUCUGAUCUGGAGGUAUCUCUUGGAAUCAGAUUAUCGAGAGACUGCUGCUCGACUCCAGAAGGAGUGGAACGUCCAAGAUCCGCAGGAGUUACCAUUUGCGCCCCAUGUCACUCAUCAUGCACUAGUGUCUGUUUUGAACAGAGGCCUUCUGUACAAUGUGCAGGAGAGGGAACCCGAGCAGUCCACGGGCGACGUUGCGGCUCCUGCGUGCGGAUUCUUUGGUCCUUUAAUGCCAGCAUCGCCAGCGGCUGACGAGGAUUUUGAAAAUGCCCGAAAACGCCAAAUCGACAACGACCAGGCCCAAAUUCAAGGCGGACCACCAGUAAAGAAAGCACGUCUCAGCAAUGGCUACGAGAAUGGCUUCGAACCAACUCCAAUGGACAUCGAUGACGACCAAAACGGCGAUGAAAACGCGUACCCAUCGCCCGAGCAGGUGCCCUCUCCAGUCAUUGUCACGGUCGGACCCGAGCAAGGCACGCAGGUGGACAAAGUCCACGAACUGUCGACUGAAACGACGUUUCUCGAGCUUUCAGAUGAGCCUUCGUCGAGAAACGCCGUGCUGCUACAAUGCGAAUUUAAUCCCAUUGAUCCCACGAUCUUGGCCGCAGCGGGAACCGAUGCGCUAGCCCGCAUGUGGACGCUCUCGCGUAUCAUUCCCGAUUCAGGGUCGGAAAGCCCCAGAAGCACCAGGAAGCCUGUCUUUGCAUCUGCACACAACCUUCUCGACGAGAGCGCUCCUUCUACUACUACUGCUACCGGUCUAUCGUGGUCAUCCGAUGGAAACUAUCUCGCAGUAUCUAGUGAGCCGCAGGAUGACGGCGAUGGGAAUGGGAAGGUAGAUGCAAAGGUGGAGUUCUGGGACAACAAUGCACAAUCCUUCGCCGAAUUCAACAGCUUCGAAUCGCCGGUUUGUUGUCUCCAUUGGAAUCUUGCCAAUACUGCCUGCUUGGCCAUCUCCCCGCAGGAUGAGAACAGAGGUACGCUGUUGACUGUCAUGCUCCCAAAUAUGAGCAACUCCUUGUCUUACUCUUUACCAAAUCAUUCGCUGGAUCAGCAAAUGCUGGAUGCUACCUGGACGAGCGAGGACGAAUUUUUCAUAUGUGGCGGUGACCUCCUUCUCGCAUUCCAUUGCACUGAAGAAUCGAUAUCACCCGGGAAAAAGCAUGAGACUCGAGACAACGACACCCUUUGCAGGGUUACCUACGACUGGCACUCCCGGCUGCUGGCUACCACGAACGAGUCAGGCAUAAUUGAUAUUUGGGAUCAAGCAGCACACAUCCGUUCAUUUAACGCUCACCAAGGCCAAGUUAAUUCGUUGGUCUGGCAACCCAUUCCGUUUCUUGUGGCUGUAGAAGAUGAUGCAGAGCGACUGCUGGCGUCGUGUGGUGAGGACGGGGCCAUAAGCAUCUGGAAUGCCCGUUCUGUAGAUUCAAAACCAAAGUGCUCAAUGACGAUGGGCAACGCUGUAGUUGCCGUGUCAUUUACACCUGAUGGCGCAUUUAUUGCUGGUGCUACUAGUCAGCGAGUCUGUAUUUGGAAAGUUGACGAUGUUCACCUCCCUCGAGCGAUUUGGACCAGAGGAGAUGAAGUCGGCUGGCGAACACCCCAGUCUCAACACUCCUCCACAGAUGAGGACCAAUUUUCGUUAUGUUGGGAUGCAAAUGGCCAAAAGCUUGCCUAUGGGGUGAACAGUCGGUUGGCAGUGAUAAACUUUCGCCGAUGACCGGACGACUCAAGGAAAACGACAAUGAAUCUUGACAGUGUGCGACCUGACGACUUGGGAUGGAAAUAUUCGGCGAUGGUACUAUGAUUAUACCAUUGCAAGUACG